GCCUUUUUUAUCAAAGAUUCUCUCCAACGGCUAAGCAAAUGAAUGUAGCCGUUAUGUUAUAUGCCUUAAGCUCAUCCUUAAAGGUCCACCUUUCUUGAGAAUUUUGAGUGCCCAACAGUCACUUCACUUUUCUUCACUGCUGUACGAUCACACACCGCCAUGGCUAAAGCAGCUGCUCUCUCUCUCUUUCUCCUGCUUUUGUCCUUCAUUUCAGGAGGAACUUUGAAAAUGGUGAAUGGAGAGAAAACUUGGUGUGUGGCCAAGCCAUCAUCCGAUCAGGCUACUCUUUUAGCCAACAUCAAUUAUGCAUGUUCACAAGUAGAUUGCCAGGUUCUGCAGAGGGGCUGCCCUUGCUUCUCCCCAGAUAAUCUCAUGAACCAUGCCUCAAUAGCCAUGAAUCUUUACUACCAGUCAAGGGGAAGGAACCACUGGAACUGCUAUUUUCAGAACUCUGCCGUCAUUGUCAUGACCGAUCCAAGUUAUGGCAGCUGCACCUAUGCGUAACGAUUUGGAUGACAAGAGCUUGUAGUUGUCGUGUAUUUCUAGGUUUUUUUUUUUUUUUUGUUUGUCCUUAUGUAGCUUGUAAUUCUCUGCUAGUGCUAGUCUGUUACAUAAGAGUGCAAUAUUCUGCUGCAGAAAUACAGCAAAACCGAGUGUUAUUUGGCAAUUUUCAUUCACUUCUAGUAUUUUUGGCAAUAUUCUGUUCUCUA